CGCGAAAUCAGUCUGCACACAGUGGAGAGAGGAUCCUUGUAUUGUAUGUAGUGUAAAAAGUUUACUGCUUUACCAAUGGAUAAAGAGUUGUUUCGUAAACUUGCGUCGAAGAUUGGGAUAACAUCUCCUAAAAUAUUAAGCCAAGCAGAGGAGUAUAUGCGACUGUCCCAAGUUAAAUGUGGUGGAUUGGGUUCACUGACAACCACCAGCAAGGCCAUUAUUUGUCUCGAGCUGGCAGCAACGUCAUUAAAAUAUCCUAUAGACAAGGAAUAUGCCAUUAAAUUAUCUGGACUGAAUUCAAAGUCUUACCAUAGUAAUCUGAAAGCUCUGGAGUGCAUGCUUGGCCUGCAGUCACAUCUGGGUCUAAGAGAUCUUGCAGUUCAGUAUGGGUGUUUGGAUGCAGUUAAAGUGGCCACAAACAUCCUUCAACGGUAUAAGGCCAGUUUGCCUGCUGCUCAGCAACAAGACCUUGACUUAGCAAAACCUCUCUUUACGACUGCAGCUCUCUAUACAGCAUGCAAGUGCAUGAAAAUCAGAACUGACAGGAAAUUAGCCUCUUCAUCAGGAGCAAAGAAAGGAAUCUUUGACCGGUUGUGUGCACAAUUCCAGAAACUUGGACAGGAGAUCUGUAAGGAAGCUUCCUUUACACAGGAAUCAAAGAAAACCGCUCCAAAGAGACAGAAGACUCUCACUGAAAUGCUAGAAAUGGAGGAUGAUGAUGAUGAUGAUGAUGAAGAUACUUGCUCUUCAAUAAACAAAAAUGAUGGAAAUCAAGCAACGUCACCCAAGCAAGUGCGAAUUGAGAAGACUGAAAAGGAAGAGGCACAAAUUUAUGAAGAGUGGAAAAGAAAAAUCCUUGAAAAUGCACUAAAAGCAAAGGCUGUAGAUUCAUAAAUGUUAAGGUUUUAUGUUUGUAUUUUAUUUAAUUAUGGUUUUAAAUAAUGUCAACAGCACUCUACUUGAAUUUUAUUGAAGAGUUGUGUGCCCCCUUCUGGUUGAUGUACAGCUGUUUAUAAUCAUUUUAUAAAGAUCUUCAGGCAUGUUAAUAGUUUUAUGCUAGUGAAAUGCAGUUGCUGCUUCACAUUCCUUUCUCAUGUAUCCCUGUUUAGUGGAGUUGUUUAUAAUUGUGUAUUUUACAUGUAUGAGUGCAUGUGUUUGAAUUUGUGUUACAUCAGUCAUAUUUAAUCCAUUAUGAUGGAAGGAUUAUGCCUGGUAAAAAUAUGACUGGAUAAUUUUAACGGUGAUCUGUGAUGCUGCUUCGAAUCACUUGAGAGUACUGUGGGUUUUUAAUGUAUUCAUAAGCAUCUGGACAUUUUUAUGCCUUUGUUUCAAUACGGUGUAGCUCUUGCAUGUUUACCAUUUUAUUUGAAUGUG